ACUAAAAAUGUAUCACCCAGGUUGGGGCAUAUUGUGAAAAUAUCAGGGCGGGACGGAAAUUAAUUCUCAGUAUGUGAAUGAACCUGAGACGUCUGUGUUUCACUAGCAAGGAAAUAUCUGCUGCUAUCACUUUUGCUCUCAGGAUCUGCUAGUUGAUGAGUGAAAUCGUACUGGGGCAACGCUGGAGGCUGACACGAGCCUGCGAGGAGGGAGGAAGAACACAAGAAGCUCGCCUGAAGGGUACACAGUCAUCUACAUCUACGGACUGCAGGUGAACUCGAAAUAGGACUGAAAUUUAGGAGCCAACUCAGAUUCAGAAAGUAAAUUUCUGACGGAGUAAAAUGCUCCCUGCUUCAGGCGUGGAGGUCCAGUGCAGUGUUACAGUGGAAUACCUCAAUCAGGCUGGUGAAGCUACCAAACGCAAAAAUAUCCGUAAUGCUACUGUUACACUUGGGCGCAACGAAUUUCGAGAGAUUCUCCUCCUAGUGAAUGAUGGGAAGCUGUCACAAAACUUUGUCUUGCGUGAAAUCCAGUUUUUUACCCGGUUCAUUCGGGAUGGGAAGAGUUCCAUCAAAUUGAUUCCUGAAAAUAUUCAGAUCCUAGUUUCGAACAGCCCACCGGACAAACUGAAAAUGCUUUUCAAAACAUUAUCCAUUAAGUAUGCUGCAGAUAAAAAGAUCAGCAAGACAGUCAGUGAUCGAACACGACUGCUCUCCACACUUCCACGGACUUUUGAUACAAUUAGUCCUGUGCAGGUCCAGGACAUUGAAAGAGCUAAUAAACUUCAGUUGCAGAGCAACGUGCAGUCACCAAUUUCUACUAAAGGACUGAAGAAUCAAAUAGGUAACACUGGUCCACACAAGCAGAUCAAGCGAUCACGGACCACCUCAUCAGAAAACUGCCUGAGUACAGAGCUAAAACCAACCAAAAAGCCCAUUUUGUCAAUGCCAGUGGGAAGGAAGCUCUCAAAGGAACAGUCACACGUCCUUGCCAUGAUCCUUAAAGGAAAGAAUAUCUUCUUCACUGGAAGUGCUGGAACUGGGAAAUCUUUCCUACUGAAGAGGAUUGUGGGAGCAUUACCACCAAAGAGUACAUAUACCACUGCCAGUACUGGAGUAGCUGCCUGUCAUAUUGGAGGGACAACUCUCCACGCAUUUGCAGGAAUUGGAUCAGGAAAAGCUCCUCUGCAACAAUGUGUAGAGCUGGCUCAAAGAUCUGGGAUCCUCAGUCACUGGCUAAAUUGCAGGCACCUUAUCAUAGAUGAAAUCUCUAUGAUAGAAGGAGAAUUCUUCGACAAGCUUGAAGCCGUGGCCAGGAUCGUUCGAAAGUGUAAUGAGCCUUUUGGUGGAAUCCAGUUAAUAGUUUGUGGAGAUUUUCUACAGCUUCCUCCUGUGACCCGAACCAAGGAAAAAUAUAAGUUUUGCUUCCAGGCAAAGAGUUGGGACAAGUGUAUCCAGGUGAACGUGGAACUGACAGAGGUGCGAAGGCAAACUGAUAAAACAUUCAUUGCAAUGUUGCAGGCUAUACGGCUUGGGAGAUGUCCAGAGGAGGUUGCAACCCAAUUGAUCAACACUGCCUUCCAGAAGAUAGAUCGAGAUGGAAUUCUAGCUACGCGGCUUUGCACGCAUAAAGAUGAUGUGGAAUUCACCAAUGAGAAAAGGCUCCAGCAGUUACCAGGGGAGAUGCUCACAUUUGAGGCUGUUGACAGUGAUCCCAUGUUGGCAGAAAUAUUAAAUGCACAAUGCCCUGCAGGCCAGAAACUGCAACUGAAGAAAGGGGCACAGGUGAUGCUGACCAAAAACCUGGAUGUACAGCGAGGGAUGGUAAAUGGUGCUCGAGGUGUUGUCAUAGGCUUUGAACCUGGAAACAAAUCAAUGCCCCAAGUCCGUUUUAUGUGUGGUGUAACAGAGACUAUAAAGCCAGAACGGUGGUUGGUCAAAGCCUUGGGUGGGACCUAUUUGACCAGACAGCAGCUGCCUCUGAAGUUAGCGUGGGCCAUUUCCAUUCACAAGAGCCAGGGUAUGACAUUAGACUGUGUGGAAAUUUCGCUGGCACGAGUCUUUGAAAGUGGUCAGGCAUAUGUGGCUCUCUCUCGUGCACGAAGCCUGGAAGGGCUCCGAGUGAUGGAUUUUGACAGAAAAGUAGUCCAUGCCAACCAUGAUGUCUUACGCUUUUACAACAGAUUAAAAAAAGAACAGGUGCUGAUGCAGUCCUCAUUGGAUGGCUAUGUUGAAAUAGAAGAUCAGGAUAACUAGAAAGACAGCAGAAUCUUCUUUGAAGAUCUUUCCUACAUCAUUGUCCAUUUUAAUAUUGUCCAUUUAAUAUCUGUGCUAAUUUUGUAUAUCUAUUUUAAAUAUUUGUCGUGGCAUUAUUUUAAUAUUUGUGAACUGAUAAUGAGAUGAUGUGACAAUAAACCAGUUUUCUUGGAGAUAGAAAAUUUAAAACUGGCUUUUCUAAUCCCAA